UUGGUUGUCCACGUGACGCCACGCGCAGUGGGCGGGGCCUCGCUGGGAAUCAGGAACAAUCUACAGCAGCCUAUGAUUGUAUCUGCUAAUGCGUCUGCCUGUGUUCAGCGAUCCUGAGCAUAGUGCGUUCUGCUUCUUCUGUCUUUCCACGUAAAAGAAAUGCCAACAUGGGCUCUACAUGUGAAAUCAACGCCGCGAUGAGUAUUUGGAGAAGGCUGUCUCUGUUUGUUUUGGCGAGCUCCCUCUGCUCGUGCCUGUGCCGAGCUGAAGACAGUGCGAUGGAGAACAUCGUGACAGAGAAGAAAGCUGAAGAAAGCCACAGGCAAGACAGCGCCGAUCUGCUGGUCUUUAUCUUGCUCCUCACUCUGACAAUCCUGACCAUAUGGUUGUUCAAACACCGCCGGUUCAGGUUUCUGCACGAGACGGGACUGGCAAUGAUAUAUGGGUUGCUUGUGGGUGUUGUCUUGCGUUAUGCUAUUCAUGUACCCAGCGACAUGAACAAUGUUACACUGAGCUGUAAUGUCAAUGCCAGUCCAGCCACACUGCUGGUGAAUGUCAGUGGUAAGUUCUAUGAGUACACACUGAAAGGAGAGAUCAGUGGAAGUGAAGUCAAUGACAUUCAGGACAACGAGAUGCUCCGCAAGGUGACCUUUGACCCAGAGGUCUUCUUCAAUAUUCUCUUGCCUCCCAUAAUUUUUCAUGCUGGAUACAGUUUAAAACGAAGACAUUUCUUCAGGAACUUGGGCUCCAUUCUUGCCUACGCGUUUGUGGGAACCGUGGUGUCUUGUUUCAUCAUUGGGUUGUUAAUGUAUGGCUGUGUGAUGCUGAUGAAGCAAAUUGGCCAGCUGGGUGGUGAUUUCUUCUUCACUGAUUGCCUUUUCUUUGGUGCCAUUGUCUCAGCCACUGACCCAGUGACAGUUCUGGCCAUCUUCAAUGAGCUGCAGGUGGAUGCUGACUUGUACGCUCUGCUGUUUGGAGAAAGUGUUCUGAAUGAUGCCGUCGCUGUCGUACUGUCCUCCAUGCUGCUUUAUUACGGAAGGCAAAGUGGGGCGGGGCAUCACAGCCCUAGAGGUGUGGCUUAUACAGAGGGCGGGAACCAGACACUGAGAACGCCCAUCAAUGGGUCAAUUGUUGGAUAUCAGCCUGAAGGAGACAACAGCCACACGUUUGAAGCCAUGGCCAUGCUGAAGUCAUUUGGCAUCUUCCUGGGGGUCUUCAGUGGUUCUUUUGCUCUUGGAGUGGCAACUGGAGUCGUAACUGCAUUGGUUACGAAGUUCACUAAGCUUAGGGACUUUCCAUUGCUGGAGACGGCACUGUUCUUCCUCAUGUCCUGGAGCACAUUCCUACUGGCCGAGGCAUGUGGAUUUACAGGUGUGGUGGCGGUUCUGUUCUGUGGAAUGACACAGGCCCAUUACACCUUUAACAAUCUGUCUCCUGAAUCUCAGGACAGGACAAAACAAUUAUUCGAGCUUCUGAAUUUUCUGGCUGAGAACUUCAUAUUUUCCUACAUGGGCUUGACAUUGUUUACCUUCAAGAACCACGUCUUCAACCCAAUCUUCAUAGUGGGCGCAUUCCUGGCUGUGUUUCUGGGCAGAGCGGCGAACAUCUACCCCCUCUCCUUCCUGUUGAACUUGGGCCGUAAAUACAAGAUCAGCUCCAACUUCCAGCACAUGAUGAUGUUUGCAGGUCUUCGUGGCGCCAUGACCUUUGCCUUGUCAAUCAGGGACACGGCCACGUAUGCGCGGCAGAUGAUGUUCUCCACCACGCUGCUGGUGGUCUUCUUCACCGUUUGGAUCUGCGGUGGAGGCACAACUCAGAUGCUGUCCUGCCAGAAAAUCCGUGUUGGAGUAGACACAGAUCAGGAGAACUUUAUCGGCCCUGAUGGAGUGGAGAGGAGGAGCACUAAACAGGAGAGCGUCUGGUUCUUCAGGAUCUGGUACAACUUUGAUCACAAUUAUCUAAAGCCCAUUCUGACCCACAGUGGCCCACCGCUCACUGCCACACUUCCAGCCUGCUGUGGCCCUCUGGCACGUUGCCUCACCAGCCCACAGGCGUAUGAGAAUGAGGAGCAGCUGAAAGACAGCGACUCGGACCUGAUCCUGAACGACGGUGACAUCACGCUGGCGUACGGUGACAUCACUGUGAGCACAGAUGCAACGGGUGCUCACACGAGCGGGACGCCCGUCGGAGGAGUGGCCGUGAACUCUGACGAGGCUCUGGACCGAGAGCUGGCAUUCGGCGACCACGAGCUGGUGAUCCGAGGCACCCGAUUGGUCCUGCCCAUGGAUGAUUCGGAGCCCCCGCUGCCUCUGGACUCCCGCCGCCACCGGCACAAGAACGAAACGAUGAGUUGAACGGGGCGAGUCUCUUCUCUCUAUCAUGUC